AUGGACACGAGAGUGGAAAAGGAGGAAACCUCGCCCGGUAAUAUUGGGAAGAAGUCUAAGAAAAACAAGAAGAAUGUAGCCAAUAGUUUGGAAGAGGCAGUUGACUGCAUAGAUGUAGUGCCUAGUAAGAUGGAGGGUAAUGUCAAAUCGAGCAAAGAAGAUAGGAGAAGGAAGGAUAAGAAGAAACAAGAGUAUUGUGCAGAAGUGGAUAACACUCAUCUGGAGAAGGAUAGGAGGAAGAAAAAGAAGAAGCCAAAAUUUGAAGUUGCUGAAGAUAAUGAUACUUCAAAUAAUGUGUCUCACAUGGAAGGAGAUGAGAAUAGAAGAGUGCAGACAAAUGGUGGCAAGGAUUCAGGACAUGAAAAUUUGUUGAAAUCUAGAAAAGAUGAGACGAAGAGGCGCAAGGAGGACAGAAAGAAAGGUGAAAGUGAUAUUCUUUUGUCUUCAAUGGAAAUCCUUGAGGACAAUAAUAUGAGAAAAGUUUAUGUGGUUAAUCAGCACAACAGCUUUGAGAAGAAAGAUGUCACUGAAAUGAAAAAUGGAGAACAAGGGACUAGAAAGAGGAACAAAAUGAGAAGGGACAUGUAG